CUAAUUAAUCAAUCGAGUACAAAAAUCUCAUUCAUUCUUGGCAGUAAGUGAGGGAGAAAUCUGAAAAUCUCAAGAUGGAACUUACUGCAAGUUUACAAACAAAAUGCAAAGAUAAGGAAAACGGUGAUAAAAAAAAUUAAAAUUGAGUAAAUUGAGCUAUUGAACUGAAAAAACACUUUCAAUAAACGUAAAAUCACCACUUCGCGAUAAUUCUGACAUCUUCAACGCUUCCCUAAUCCAUCGCAGUCAGAAAUGGGCCAUCACAAGAAGAAGAAAAAGCAUAAAUCCAAGCAUCGCCGACGCUCCAGCAGCGACUCUGAUUCUGCAAAUGAACGUUCCAAGAAGCAAAAGGUAAUCGGUCCUUGUAUGCCUACAGUUUUACAACCUUCGAAGGCUCCAGAUCCAUCGACAUCUUCGGAACCAAGACCUUCAUCAUCUAGUCAUAGUGACUCGUACGGUCCUCAGCUACCGCCAAAUUUGACCGGCCCUCAACUGCCACCUCAUUUGACUAGUUCUCAACCUUCGACUGAUGUGAGUGGUCCUCAACCUCCAUCAGAUUUCACCGGUCCUCAACUACCACCUCAACUAGUUGGCCCUCAACUACCUCCUCAUCUAAGUAAAGCAAAGGUAGCCGAUACAAGACCACGAGCUGCUCAGAAAGAAGAUGACGAUGACGACGUCGGUGACAUUAUAGGACCUUUACCAGGCAAUGUACAAAGCUCUAGCAGCGUUCAGCAAGCACUAGAUGAACGAGCAGAGAUUCUGAAAUAUGAAUUCCUGUUGAAAGGUACCGGAGACGAAGACAUAACCGCUCGUGAAACCUGGAUGACCGAAUUACCACCCGAAAAAGCCAACUAUUUCGGUCUAGGACCGCGUAAAUUCAGAGCCACCAACAAGACCGGUGAUCCGAAGAACCGAGCUUUAUGGACAGAAACACCUUUGGAUAAAAAUAAAUCACAACAAGAGGAACCGGUCGAUGAUACGAACGCAUUCGAAGAACUCGUCGUCGAACAACGUAAUAAAAUAAUGGAUCAAAUUGUAAAGAAAACCGAAGAAAAAAAAGAUAAAAAAUCAUUGCUCGAAAUACAUCGAGAGAAAUUAAAGAAGAAAAAACAAGAAAGCAAAGAUGGCAAGGGGGAGAGGAGACCGUUCGAUCGUGACGUAGAUUUAGAAGUUAAUAAAUUCGACGAGGCUCAGAAAAAAUCUAUGCUGAAGAAAUCCCAACUUUUAGAUAGCAGAUUUGCACAUAGCAAAUCGAAAUACCUAUAAAUUAUUUAUUGAUGUUCUGUAAUGUAAUAUUGUAUUCGUGUGAAGUAUUGUGAUUAUCAAGUGUGUAAAAUAUUGUUUAAGUACCUUAGGGAAUUUUUCGAACUUCCACUCUGCGGUUUGAACAUAACCGAGCUUGAUCGAAAGAGCAUAAAUAUUGUCCUGAAACUCUCGUAACCAAAAUUUCAGAUGCUCAAGUUUAUUUUUGGAUUUUUUGGCAAAUUUAAAAAAAUUCAAAAAAUUCAAAAAAUUCAAAAAAGCUGUUUCAAUUAUUAUUUUUGGAACACGGUGUAGCAGUGCGAUUAAAUCCUUCAAUUCAACUCCCACUCAUUUACAGCUACUAGUUUUGAGCCAUUUUGGAGUCUGCAGCAAUUCUUCAAAUUUCUCUAGAAAUUUCAAACCACUCUGGAAUGGCCAAAAAUGAACUUUAGCUUCAAUAAGUUUUCUCUGUGUCCAUUGGACAUUCUCUCGAUCGUUUUAGAUAUUACUUCAAAAUUUCAGAGGUGCCAGUUUAAAAAUUAAUUUUUGAACAAUUUGUGAAUUCCAGAAAAAUUAAAAAACUCCUGGAAUUUCGGAGUAACCAUUUAAAAUAGCGAAGGGGGUGCCCUAUAAGCGCCGACCAAAGUCAUAGGGGCCAAAGUUCAUUAUUGGCCCUCCCAGGGCAAUUUCAAAUAUCUGAAAAAAAUUCGAAAAAUCACUGGAGGCUCUAGAUUGGUCCGAAACUAGUAAAUGUUGAUGCAUGGGAGUUGAAUUUGAACAAAUUAUCCACAUUAGUUCACUUUUCACUUUGCUGAAAAAAAUUUGAAAAAAUUUUAAACUCUCCCUAAAACAUUUUUUUUUCAUUUUUCAAAUUUUUAACAAUUUGUCAAAAAUUCAAAAAAAAACUUCAUCACCUGAAAUUUUGGUUCCGAGGUUUUAGGACUUGUUUUUUCGAUCCUGUUCGUUUCCUUCAAAUCGUUGAGUGUGGGUUCAGAAACUUUUCUGGUUAGUAAAAGGAAUAUGAAUAUUAAAAUAAACUAUUGAAAAGAAGAGUAAAAAA